UUAGUCUUUUUCUCCAUUCAUAAUUCAGCAAUUCAUCUGUGAUAUUUGUUUCUGUGACAUAUCUAUUAGGAGUUGGUUCUUCAUUCAACAAUGGGAAGGCCCUUUAUACUUCACUACGAUGAUAAUCAUUGCAUCCAUUGUCGUAUCUGCAAAACUCAAGUUGGAUUCAUGAGGGAUCACCUUUGUACUAGUAUGGGCUAUGAAGUAUACAUCUUUGAUAAUGUGUUUAAUGUUGAAGUACCAGAGGACAAGCGCUAUCAAAAAGUAGAAAAAGAUGGCAGAACCAUGAACGACACUUACUGUGUUAAAUGUGGAAACCUGAUAGGGUGGAAAGUUAUUGCAGUCGACAAACCUUGGAUUAUUGUUAGAGAAGGAGUAUUCCUUAUGGACAUACACAACGUUGAUCUUACUAAUCAAGGAGGGGUUAAUGAACAGGCUGCUAAUGUGCAAGAAGGAGAUGCUAAUGAACAAGGAGGCGCAAAUGAGCAAAAUGAUGAACAAGAAGGAGACGCUAAUGAAGAUGUAGAUCUGCUGGCUGAAGGAAUAGCUAAUGUUGAUCUAAAUCCAAACAUAUGAACCAACUAUGUAAGAUAAUGAAAACAUUGACAAGUACAGCCAACUGAAAAUGCUGAUCAAAAUGCAGAACCAGCUAGCUAGAGUUUAAGCAUUUGAACAAUGUCUGGAAUAGAUGAAAAUGGACUCUGCUGUGAAGAGUAAAGUCCAUUCAAAUUACUUGUAUGCAAUUAGUCUCCUCUCUGCAUAACAAUUGAAUUCAAUUAGAUCUUACAUUUCGUCUCUAUUACUCAAGUUCUCAUUAAAUUUCAAGGAUUUUCUUAAUUUCGCAGUAUAUGAUUUUAAAUCAGAAGAAUUGCAAUAGGAUGAAUCAAUUAAGAAAAAUUAAUCAACAGCUAAAAGACGAAAAAAUGUAAUCACUAGAAACUGAAAUCUAUUCAUUGAUACUGUAAUGAGAAAUUACAAGAUCUAAGGCAUAAGAACAGCACUACAGAUAUCCAACACAGACAUAUGCAAUUGUAAACUAAAUCCCAACAUUUACCACCAUAUCACCGACAUAAACCCCCAAUCUAA